CCGACUCUAGCACGGAAAGGCACAUUCUAAACAUUUUCUUGUAGUUUUCUGUGUAUCUUUUUUAAUAUCAAUCUAACUAAGUUAGACUCAAUGUCGUUCUUCGUUAAUAACUGGAUCCAAAAUGCCGUGUAAAGAUUUUUUCAAAUGAUGAAUCCGAAAUCAAAAAGUAAAUGACUUAUUUAUGUCAAUGUCAUAUAAAUGUCAAUGUCACUGUUACGUUUGUUUUGAAUGGUUUUGGUUUUAGGUUUUGGUAAAUUAGAAAUUAAUUUAUUCACUUGACAUUAUCAAAAUUGUGCGAAAAGCGCAGAUAAGCCAUUAAUAAAAGAAGAAGAAAUAAAAUGUCAAACAUAUAGCAUUCUUUUUUAUAAUUAUAUUAGAAUAAACUAAAGCAUACUUUUAGAGAUAAACAACAUUUUGAAUAAUCAAAUAAGAUUUAUUUAAGAAGUAACAUCAUGUUUGCUGAAAAAGUAAUCGAAUUACUAAAAGAAUCUGAAAGGAAUCCAGAUACUAUUGAUCCUUUUAAGGAUGAAAAAAUAAGACAGAUUUUAGAAGAAAUGCAAACUCUAUUUAUUAUGAAUAUGAAUGAUGCUAACGCCACUACAGAAAAUAAAUCACUAUGGACUACAGUCCAAGUGCGUCAUUCAGCUUUAGAACGCAAUAAACGCUGUCUAUUGGCAUAUUUGUAUAGUCGGAUGGAGAAGAUCAAAACUCUACGAUGGGAGUUUGGGUCAGUAUUGCCACCUGAUGUCAGGGAACUGCUCUCAGAUGAUGAAUAUGAGUGGUUCUCAAGGUAUUCAACCAACUUGGCAUCAUAUAUGCGGUCAUUGGGACAAGAUAUCGGAUACAGCGGCAUAGAUCUUACGGAGAACCUGCGACCUCCUAAAGCACUUUACAUGGAGGUGGUGUGUACGACUGACUACGGCAAGCUGGAGCUGUCUGACGGUGACGUGGUGAUGCUGCGCCGCAACAGCCGGCACUUCCUGCCGGCCGCCGAGUGCCAGACUCUCGUCCGGCAAGGAGUGCUCAAACAAAUUGUAUGAUACCGCAAUAAAUUAGGUCAAUUGAUACCCGUUCAACGUGUU